AUGCAGAUAUAUGGUGUCGCCUUGGGUCAGUGCAUUAACCGAGAGAAGAGCUCGGUAUAUUUCAGCACUAAUACUCUGGAUACGGUGAGGCAAAUCUUGAAAUCAACUCUGAACAUCAGCGAGAAAUACCUGGGGCUCCCCACUGCUGUUGGACGGAUCACUAGUGGUACCUUUGACCACAUCAGCGAGAGAGCUCGUGGGAAGAUGCAAUGGUGGUUUGAAAAGUUGCUUGCAUGUGCAGGACGGGAAACUUUGCUCAAGUCUGUGAUUCAAUCUAUUCCGACCUACCCUACUUUUCUACUCACCAAGAAAGUUUGUAAGAGCUUGACUUCUCCCAUGGCAAAAUAUUUUUGGAGCAGCUCCCUUGACAAAAAAACAAUGCAUUGGGUGUCCUGGAAAGACUUGGCUACACCAAAGUGCAAGGGAGGGAUGGGGUUUCGCGACCCGCAUCUCUUUAAUCUGGCCAUGUUGGGCAAGCACGGCUGGCGCUUCAUCACCAACUCAAACUCGCUUUGUGCUCGAGUUCUAAAGGUGUGGAAAUUGAAAGUUAUUCCCAAAGUGAGGGUAUUUUGGUGGAGAGUUUUGCGUGGCAUUCUCCCGGACGAGGCCACCUUAAACUACAGACAUCUUGCAGAUGUUCGACAAUGCAAGGUGUGUUGUUCCAUGGAGGAGGAUCUGAAGCACGCACUAAUUCACUGUCCACAUGCUCAGCGCUUCUGGGAAGAGGCGUGGACUUGGCUAGGUCUUCGCCUGACUCCUCUUCAUUCGGAUACGUGGGCACGCAAUAUAACAUGUCACCCACAGUUCACCUCAGAUGAUCGUGCUAAGAUCACUACUACUAUGGCGGGCGGAGUGGCCCGCUCCUCUACGGCCCUUUUGGGCUCAUGGUGCAAACCAUAUGUGGGGGUUUCAGACCCCUUGAUGAUGGAGUGCUUGUCCCUGCAAGAUGGAGUCAGGUUUGCUUGUCUUCGAGGAUUCCCGCAUGUGAUUAUGGAAGUCGGCUGCUUGGAGCUAGUGAAGCUCUGGCAAACUCGCCACAAUGCUCGGUCUAUUGUGGCUCCUUUACUUCUAGAAAUAGGAGAGCUAUAUGUCGCCGCCGACGGAGCUCCAAUGCAACGCCGCCGGUGCUGCGACCCGGGCCUCGCCACCGGUCAAGCUCCAAUGCAACGCCGCCGGUGCUGCGAACUAGGGCCUCCCCGCCGAUGGAGCUCCAAUGCAACGCACUGCUGUGACCCGGAUGCCUAUAUGUCGCCGCCGGCGGAGCUCCAAUGCAACAUUGUCGGUGCUGCAAUCCAAGGCCUCACCGCCGAACGGAGCUACAAUGCAACACGAUGCUGUGAUUCGAAUGCCCAGAUGUCGCCGUCGGCGAAGCUCCAAUGCAAUGCCACCGGUGCUGCGACCUGGGCCUCGCCGCCAACGGAGUUCCAAUGCAAUGCUGCCGGUGCUGUGACCCGGACCUCGCUGCCGAUGGAGCUCCAAUGCAACGUGUUGUUCAAUGUUUAA